CAAAAUAAAAACUUUCAAAAACCCCAAAAUCCCCUAUCUAAAACACCGAACCCUAAAAUCCCAAAUCCUCCAUUUCUCUCCGCUCAACAUCGACAAAUACCAUCAUGCCGAUAAGCAAAGAAGAGCAAGAAAUGCAGACAGCGAAACGCGCAUUUGUUAACGCGCGUGAAGUAGGGAAUCACCAAGAGGAAGCAAGAUGGGCAAAUUUGAUAGGAGAUAUGUAUAAGAACAGAGGGGAGUAUGUGAAGGCAUUGAAAUGGUUACGUAUAGAUUAUGAGAUUUCGAACAAGUACUUGCCUGAGAAGCAGUUGUUGCCUACUUGUCAAUCUAUUGGAGAUGUUUAUCUCAGACUUCAUGAUUUCAAGCAUGCUUUGGUUUACCAGAAAAAGCAUUUGGAUCUUGCCAAGGAUGCCAACGACCUUGUUGAACAGCAAAGAGCCAGCACCCAGCUUGGUCGAACAUACCAUGAAAUGUUCUUAAAAUCUGACAAUGACCAUUCUUCAAUCCGGAAUGCCAAGAAGUACUUCAAGUCAGCCAUGAAGCUAGCUCAGUCUCUCAAGGAAAAUCCACAUACUAAUAAAUCGUCUUUCCUCAAAGAAUAUAUAGAUGCCCAUAAUAAUAUAGGAAUGAUUGAAAUGGAUCUUGAUAACUUGGAAGAAGCCAAGAAAAUACUUACUAGAGGACUAGAAAUAUGCGAUGAGGAAGAAGUUGAUGCAGAUGAUGAUGGUCGGAGCAGGCUCCAUCACAAUCUUGGAAAUGUUUACAUGGAGCUGAAGGUGUGGGAUAAGGCUCAGGAACACAUUAAAAAAGAUAUUAGAAUUUGUAAUAGAAUAGGGCAUUGCCAAGGGGAGGCAAAAGGGUACAUCAAUCUUGGUGAAUUGCAUUACAGAGCUCAAAAGUAUGAGGAAGCAAAUCUUUGCUAUCAUAAGGCACUUGAUCUGGCAAAAUCCAUGGAAGAUGAGGAUGCUUUGGUCAAGGAAAUUGGUCAUAAUAUUGGAACUGUAAGAGAAGCUAUGAAGGUGAUGGAUGAAUUAAAGAAAGAAGAGCAGAAUCUCAAAAAGUUAACUAGAAGUAUAGUCACUGCAAGGGGAACACAUCAUGAGCGGAAGUGUUUGCUGCAGCAGAAUGCAUCCCUUGACUGCCUCAUUGAGAAGUCGAGCAUUAUACUUGCAUGGUCAAAGCAUCAUGAAUUUGCAAAAAGGAAGAAGAGAAUAGCUAGUGAACUCUGUGAUAAAGAGAAGCUGGGCGAUUCAUUUCUACUUCUUGGAGAAUCAUACCAGAAGCUCAGAAAAUUCAAGAAAGCCAUUAAAUGGUUCAUGAAGAGUUGGGAGACAUACAAGUCAAUCAGCAACUUGGAGGGUCAAGCAUUAGCAAAAAUUAAUAUAGGUGAUGUUCUGGAUUGUGAUGGUGAUUGGAUGGGAGCUCUAAAUGCAUUUGAAGAGGGCUAUAGGAUUGCUGUUAAUGCUAAACUUCCCUCUGUUCAGCUUUCAGCAUUAGAGAACAUGCACUAUAGCCACAUGAUAAGAUUUGACAAUGAAGAAGAGGCCAGGAGGUUGCAGCGUGAAAUUGAGAGGUUAAAGUCCAAAAACACAGAGCUUGAAAGGCAAAAUUUGGCAACGGAUUGCUGCUCUGAGACUGAUACAGAAGGGGAUGAUCACUUGUCAGAUUGUAGAUCUAAUUCAUCCUGCUUCCAAGAAAUUAACAAAUCUGGUUCUGCAAGAUCAAAAUCUUUAGCUGGUGCUGAAGGGUUGAAUGAUGAUUUACCUCUGAUUUCACUCCUUCGGUCCCAUAAAAAUUCUCCCAGAAAAAAGUCAACUCAAGAAGAAAUGCAUAAUACUUCUACUUGGCCAACUGAAGCCUCUCCAAAAUGUUCUUCCAAAACAGCUAGUGAUCAGCAGACAGUUCUUUGUCGUAAACGUAUUAGAAUAGUCCUUUCAGAUGAUGAAGAUGAAAUGCAUGAUAAGGUAGACUGCUCCAGAGAAAGGCUCAAUAGAUGCCCACCGGAGGAUGUUGCUACUUCUAAUGGAUUUAUGGGGGCAAGCAAUCCAGCUAUUUCUGCAUGUGCAUUUCAGGGUGUAUCAACAGUUGCUUCCAAAUGUGCUACCAGUUCCUGGAAUCCCAAUAACAAUGAAGAAAGCACUUCUUCAUACAAAUCUCAGAGCCCAAAAAUUGUGACUCCCAAAGGAAAAGUUUUCAGAUCUUCAAGCAACAAUGAAGUUGUUUUUGCAUGCGAUCUUGCUGCUAGUGGCUCCAAAUGUGAUGUCUCUGAGAACUUAAUGCAUAAAAACAAUGCUGCCCAUCUCAGGUUGCACAAUUCUGGGAAUGAUGAUAAUCAGUGUAUUGUAUUCAGAAUUGACAAUGACCUGAUACAAGUAGAUGCAGCUUCAUACCUCGCAUUUGAUAAAUUGAGCAUUGAGUCCAUGACUGUUGAGCUGGCCUGUUUGUACUAUUUGCAGCUUCCUACAGAGAAGAGAUCAAAAGGUCUCUUGCCCAUCGUUCAGCAUAUGAAAUGUCAUGGAAGAGUUCUAGAUUCCAUGGAAGCAUUUGAAACUCUCAAGGGUGAUCAAGGAAAUAUCCUAAUAGAAGUUUCCAUUAAUGGUUGGGUUCAAAAGCGCUUGAUGAAGCUGUACAUCGACUGCUGCGAGGAGUUAUCUGAGGCACCUAAUAUGAAGUUGCUUAAGAAACUAUACAUUUCAGAGGUAGAGGAUGAAGUCAUUGGAUCUGAAUGUGAAUUGCAAGAUAUAUCAGUAACUCCACUGUUGAAUGCCCUGCAUACCCACAAAACAGUUGCCGUGAUAGACCUUUCCCAUAAUUUUUUGGGGAAUGGAACAAUGGAGAAACUUCAACAAUUUCUCACAACAGGGCAAAAAUACGGUGAUUUGACUUUGGAUUUGCAUUGUAAUCGGUUUGGUCCAUCUGCUUUAUUUCAGAUCUGUGAAUGUCCUGUUCUCUUUGCUCGCUUGGAAGUUCUUAAUAUCUCUGGAAACCAUCUCACUGAUGCUUGUGGAUCUUACCUUUCAACCAUAUUGGAAAACUGCAGAGCCCUAUACAGCUUGAAUAUUGAGCGUUGUUCCAUAACAACAAGAACAAUUCAAAAGGUGGCUGAUGCACUAAAUACGAGCUUGGUCUUGGCACAACUUUCUAUAGGAUAUAAUAACCCUGUAUCUGGAAACGCUAUCAUUAAUCUACUAGCCAAACUUGCCACCUUGAAAAGUUUUGCAGCACUGAAUCUGAGUGGGUUAAAGUUAACCAAGCCUGUUGUUGAUAGUCUCUGCCAGCUUGCUAAAACAUCAUGUUUGUCACGGUUAAUGCUUGGGAGCACUGGCAUAGGAACUGAUGGGGCACUACAAUUAACUGCAUCAUUGUUUGAGGGGUCUCAAGAGUCUGUUAAACUUGACCUGUCAUACUGCGGGCUAAUGCCUGCAUAUACUCGUAUGCUCAGCACCGAUACUCUGAUUUGUGGUAUUCUUGAGCUGAACCUUGCUGGAAAUCUUAUUAUGCAAGAGGGAACAAAUGCAAUGGUGUCAUUGCUUACAAAUCCACAAUGCUGUCUGAAAGUUUUGGUCCUGAACAAAUGUCAACUGGGGCUCACUGGGAUUCUUCAAAUGAUUCAAGCACUUGCAGAAAAUGACUGUCUAGAAGAGCUCCAUCUUGCUGAUAAUGCCAGCCUGGAGAAAACAUACAUGCUACAGUAUGACUCGACUAAAGGGUGGUGCCCAGACAUCUUGCAACCCGACUUAAAUAAAUCUGAAUCAAAGAUGAGUGUGCCCAAGGAAAGCGACUCGCACAAGCACGGUGUAUGUGUUAUGAACACUGAAUGUAAUCAGCUUGAAGUGGCUGAUAGUGAAGAUGGUCCUAUCAGGGCAGAAGCUGCUCCAUCUGACUUUGAUGACAGUUGCACAAGCUCAUGUCAAAAGAAUUCUUUGUUAGAAUGCCAAUUCAUUCAAGAGCUUACAACUGCCAUCAGUAUGGCAAAGCAGCUGCAAUUCAUGGAAUUGGGCAGCAAUGGCUUCACAACACAAGUUGCAGAAGCUCUGUACGCUGCAUGGUCAUCUAGAUUAGAAAAUGGUUUGGCUUGGAGACACAUUGAGGAUCAGACAAUCCAUUUCUCUAUGGAAACAAACAAAUGCUGUAGGUCAAAACCCUGCUGCAGAAGGGAUUGAUUCGUUGUUUCUGGAACUCCCAUCUAUCUCUCAGCAGGUGAUCACCAGGCACUUUUGCAGCAAAUAGAAGUUUACUAUAAAUAACACAAUCAACACUCGAGAUUUUCAAUGCUAUGCCGAAUGCCACUGUAGAUAUCAACAAUUUUUUUAUGGAUUUCCUUUACAAUUGAUCCUUUUAAUUUAUGUAUACAACUUUACUUGAAUAUCACAUAAGUGCAAAUAUAUAUUUGUGUAAACCCUGUCUCAUGCAAAUAUUAAACGAGGCAGUUGACAUGGGCAACAUUAUUUCUCGAAUGUCUGUUGAUUAUGUUCUUGGCUAUGCAGAGGGUGCGCCUUCAUUGA